AUGUCUCAAUUUCUUCGGCGUAUUAUUUCAUUACCUAUUCAAUCAAUUCGUUCAUUUCAUUCAUUCGAUGAUGUCACACCAGCAAAAUAUAUUUCAACUCAUCUAAAAAAUGGUCUUGGUUCUCGAUAUGUUUGUCAAUUACAACGAUUAACUAUACAAGUAUGUAAAGAAUUUCGUACAUCUUAUGGUACACGAGAAUGGAUUGCUAAUGAUCUAAUGAAUUUUGCUCGUCAACAUCCAUAUGUUGUUGUUUAUGUUCAACCACGUCGUCAUCGUGCACCAAAUUUAAUUGGAGAAUAUUUAAGUGGUGAUCGUCAAUGGAUACCACUUUCGAAUUGUGAUCGACAACAAAUUAAUUGGUGGGUACAUUCAUUAUUAACACAACAAGGUGAUCCACAAUGGAGAUUAUUAAAACAAAUGCAUACAGAUUCUCCAUCAAUACAAGGUAUAUGGACACCAUUUACAAAUAAACCAAAUGACCUAAUAACAAGAACAUAUCCAGAUAAAGAUCUUAUCGAAAUGGAAUAUCCACAAAUGACAGCAACACAACAAAUACAAGAAUUAUUUGAACAACAAAAAACGAAUAAAACUACAUAG